ACGGAAGUGGCAGUGAAAUGUUACUUAACCUUACGGUUGUUACAUAGCGCAUUUGACUGCAUCUUCUUUAUCUUAAUGUUAUAAAACGUCUCUGAAGGAAGAAUAAAUACUGAAUUGUUUUCUGAGAUCUCGCGCAUUUUCUGAUUUUAACUCGAACCAGCGAACAGUCGAGAUGCUUAAAGCCAUCGGCCAAACUUUAUUUUCAACUGGACUGCAGAACCCAAAGUUUACUCCUCAAGAGAGUAAGGGAGAUUAUGAGAUCCGCACUUACCACGCAACUAAGUGGGUUAGCACAGCUAUCAGUGGCAUGGAGCAGGACCCAGCCUUCAGCUUAGGGUUCAGAAGACUCUUCAAAUAUAUUCAGGGAACUAAUGAAAAGAAGUGUAAGGUGGAGAUGACUGCACCUGUGAGCUGUAAGUUGGAACCCGGGGCUGGACCUGCCUGUGAGAGCACCUUCACUGUUUCCUUUUACAUUCCUGAGGAACAUCAGGCUGACCCACCCAAACCUACCGAAGCAGAUGUUUUUAUUGAGAGCAGAACCGAAUUUACGGCAUUUGUUAGGACCUACGGAGGCUUUGCUAACAGUCAGAACAGCCACGAAGAGCUUCAGAAACUGAUCGAGAGCCUUAAUAAAGAUGGAAUGAAAUUCAAGGAGGCCCCAUAUUUCAGGGCGGGGUACGACAGCCCCUUUAAACUGACCAACCGCAGGAAUGAGGUGUGGCUCAUUAAAGAUGAAGAAUAAAAAGCAUUUGGGUCAAAGCAUCUGAAGUGAAUAGGAGGUCAAUUUUUUUUAAUAGUUUAACAAAACCAUUCAUGUAUAGAUGUUUUUUGUUUACUAUAUACCCAAAGUGCCUGAAAGGUUUUAUGAGAAUUUGACACUGUACUGAUGGUAUAGCAUUUCUCAUAUCUAUUACAUGUUUUGUUACUUAAAAUUGAUUCUGAAAUCAUAACAUGUUAAAAUAAUCUUGAAUAUCUUAUAACCUUUAAGAUUGUGAAUUACAGACUACAUCAUAGAGUUUUACACUAAUAAUUUCCUAGAAGAUGCAAAUCUUCACUUGGAAUUUUAAGGUUCUGUCUGCAUUCUGAGCAGUUUUGAGAUAAGAAGUUUAAACGUUUUUGCAUUCCAUUUGACUUUUUUCAAAAAAAAAAUGUUUUUAUAUACAAAGACCAAAAUGUACACUCACAUAAUGUUAAUAAGUUGUCACAGAAUUUGUGAACAACUGGAAUUUGACAAAAACGUCUGAUAAAACCUUAUAAUUCCAAGAUUAUUUAAAUUUGAAUUGAAGGGCUGUGUGCUGCCUGUUUUUUUAUAUACAGUGAAAUAAUAUAAAACCUCUUUUUUAAUAUGAUCUGUUUGUGUUGCACUACAUAUCUGAACAUUAAAGGGAACAAUGUAUUUAGGGCAUCGGUGUAUUUAACUGUCAUUGGUGUGUUUGUUUGUUUUGAAGCUGAUUGGGUUUCACACAUGAAUAAAUUUGAAUUUUCUUUUA